CGUUAACACCACCUCUACCACAUAUGCAUACACGCCACAGGUAGCCAUGUCUGCACCGGCAGGUCUUCCCCGCCCAUAAGCGACCUUGGGGAUGCAUGGUAGUAGUGCUUGCCAAGCUGUCAACCAGGAUCAUUGCAUCGAGCUAGGAAGUAAUCGUACUACCUACAGGGAUAGAUGGUACCAAACAUACAGAUCGAGCAAGCAACACAGCAGAACGCCUAUAGGAGCCAUGAGCAGUCGGGCAGGGCGUUAUAAGGUUGCAGAGUCUCAUCCCAUCGUCUUCGGGACGAUUCUCCAGUCUUGAACAAUGCAACGAACAACAGCUUCUUCAUCUCGAACAUCAACCGGUACCCUUUCCCGCUUAAGUCCCGAGUCUUUCGACUCACUCUACCGACGCAACCAAGCCGCCGAGAUCUUGCAGAGCUAUGAGAAGCUCUCCUGGUUCUCCUUUCAUCGGUGCGAGUCUUUAGUGCAGACCCGACUUCACUUCCAAAACCUGGCAGCAGGCUUCACGCCGGAAGACGAAGCCACUAGGGUCCGCUGGAAGGAGGACUUCACUCCUCACCCGCCUAAGCCGGGCGAGGAUGGCCGCAAAGGCAAAUCUAGAGUGAGCUCAACUUCUAACGCUGCCGGACCGUCUACGGCAAUAGCAGAUGCUAGCGGAAGCCGGGGAGACAGCAAAGGCAAGGGUUACGAGCGGAGUCACAGCGGAGCGUACGGAGGUGCAAGCGCAGCUUCAUCUCACUCAUCGAAGAAACGAAAGAGUGGCGGCGGGGGUAGCGGCUGAGGCAGGCACUGUUUGAACUAUGCACUCACGUACUGCUCAUUGACAAACGUACUUUGUUGGAGAGCUGAUCGUCCACCAACUGGCGACGAGCGCGACAAAUCAUCUUGCGCAGACGUAUUACCAGCCGCUGCUUGCACCCUUUCACUUGCUCCGCGUCUCUGUCCGCUAGAUCCGCUUGCCAAAUUCUGGU